AUGGGGAACCGCCUGCACCGUAUAGUCAACAACGAUGGAGGACUAUUUUCCUUCCGUACGGGCGGUCCCCAUGACGGUUCCCUGUGGGCAAACUCAAAUCGCCGCCCCCCAGCUCCGGAGAGGCCUCCCCCUAUUGAAGAUGCAUCAGAGGCGCUUCUGCCCCAAGGAGAUGCAGUUUCGCAAGACUGGCGUUGGCUUGCUUUGAGGUGCGAACGGCGUCUUAACGCGUCGAUGCAACAACGGUCGGUCAAGCAUGACAAGAUCGCCGACACACUUGGCAACUCACUGGAUGUGAAGCAGUUCUCCUGCUUCGUGCCUAGGACUGUGCUGGAGGCCAUUGCGGACAAACGCAUCAGGUACUCGGAUGACUUCGACGUGCAAGUUGAAACAUUCACGGCUGCAGUCGUAUUCUGCGAUGCAAGUGGUUUCACAGCUCUCACGGAAGCUUUAGACACCCAGCCUAAUGGAGCGGAGCGACUUGGCGGUAUCAUUAAUCAGUUUUUUGACAAGAUCAUUCGCAUUGUCCACUUCUGGGGAGGGGAUAUUAUUAAAUUCAGCGGCGACGCUCUGACAGUUGUAUGGCCCGUAGAUGACGAGGAGGAAGAGGAUCGCCGCGAUGAGCCUGACGGCCAGGACGAUAGUGAAUACCGCGUUGACGCGCGACAGGCUUGCUUGUUGGCGGCGAAGUGCUGCAUGAACCUUCACCAGUCCUUACACAAAUACCCGACGGGAUUUGCUGGGAAGACGCUGACUCUCCACAUUGGUGCUGGCUUUGGGAAGGUCACUAUUCUGCAGGUUGGGGGUAUUAUGGAUCGAUGGGAGUAUGUGGUGGCAGGAGCACCGUUGGAAGAAAUAUCAAUAGCGGAGCCACUAGCCAGCACAGGCAAGUUUGCCCUGCCAAACCGGCCAACCCUUUCUUUCCCCACUCAUAUUCUCCCGUGCGAGACAGUCGUUUCACCAACGAUGGCGGAUGCAAUGCACGGCGUUGCUACGCUGGAACCCGUGAAGGACUCCCCCCCUGGGAGGCAGUUUUACCGUCUGUUACCUCAUGCUGAUGACUUAGUGAAGAUCGCCCAUGAGCGGCGGCAGGGCAGCCAUGUCGGUGCAGAAGAACAGGCACCAAACGGCCACGCAGAAGAGGAGGAAUUGGAGAGAAUUCACAAGAUUGCCGACUGGAAGGUCGACCCUCCGCCUCCUCUAGCUCCUAUAGAGGUAGACGCAGACGAUGUUGACCUUCUUCGCAGGUACAUCCCCCCGGCGGUCUUCAGACGACUGAAGUCGGGCUGUAACGUGUUCCUGAACGAACUAAGGACGGUGUCGGUGAUGUUCAUUUGCGUGCGGGGACUGGACGUUUCGUCCGCAACUGGGAGCCAGGUUGCCCACAGGCUCAUGAAGAUGACCCAGAAGGCAGCGUAUACCAUGGAAGGAUCUGUGAAUAAGUUUCUUGUGGACGACAAGGGGGUCUUGCUGCUCGUAAUGUUCGGAUUGCCGCCGGUAUACCACCUCGACGACCCGGUUCGAGCCAUCAUGGCGGGGCUGCGUGUGAUUGACGGCAUGAAGAUGUUUGGACUUGACGCUGGAAUUGGCAUCACCAGCGGCCGAGUCUGGUGUGGGACUGUUGGAAACGACUUGCGGAAGGAAUACACUGCGUUGGGGGACUUCGUCAACCUCGCGGCGAGGCUCAUGGCAAAGGCGGGUCCCCGCGAAAUAUAUGUGGAUGCCAACACACACCGCUCGGCGCAGCAUGCCAUGGAGUUCAAACAGCUUCCGAGCAUGAAGGUAAAGGGCAAGGAGCAUCCCAUCGAUGUAUUCAUGCCGACCGGAGUGCUCAUUAGCAAAGUGCAGACCGGCCCAGAACUGGGACCCCUUCUGUCUUGGCCAGGGUGGCCAUGCCGCAACCAGCUCCAAAGUAUUCUAGAGCCGUCUACAAUGUAUAAGAAGCAAGGGAAGGCCGUACGGCCUCCCUUGGACUACCCAGUACCUUGUGGGCCUGUCUUCGCCCAUGAAUGGUAUGAGCCGUACAUGCCCCAGCUGCAACCUUUGUUGGAAGUCGGGGGGGUGAUGGUCAUCAAGGGGAGGGAAGGCCUAGGCGCGAAGGAGCUAGAAGAUUAUAUUCGUGAUUUUGGUUCUAAGAAGUCAAAUCGCCAGAUGUUUUGCAUCAGCAACAUGCCGGAUUCCCCCAAUCUCAACAUCGGCAACGUUCCUCUACUCGCUUGGAGGAAACUCUGCACAGAGAUGGUCGAACGUUGGCGCGUCAGUGACAACCGGGAGAAGAAGGGUUAUUCGCGCAUUGACCGAGACAACUCAGUCUACGGCCUUACAAAGGAACUCAUACACCCGUCUUUCCACUGGCGGUUGGAAGAGAUGAAGACUGUCGUGCACGGCUUAGUCCUGCCCCACGAGUUACCUGAAAACAGGCGCCUCGCGAAAGAGCGCCGGAAAUGUAUGAAACGCCUCCGCAAGCAGGUGAACAUUGGAGAUCUUGAAAAAUCUCUGCACAAUGUGAUAUGCACCAGUGUGGUCAUGUUUCCUGAGGAUAUUCCACGCUCAUUGGCAGCCCACGUGCCGGGAUAUGUCCCCAUGUCGCCGACUAUGGCGCUGCUGCACAGGCCUGCUGAGUGGGUGGGACAAGCAGGGCGUCGGAUCACCCCUUUGCACGCAUUGCCCAGCGGGGAGUCGAUUGCCCCAAUAAUAGCGUCGCUUGUCAACGGGUUUUCUCUCUUCGAAAGCUCUAUCGUAGUACUACACGUUCGCACGGGCACAAGUGUGUUUGCUGAGAUGGACCGUGACAGCUGGAAGGUGGCUCGCCUCGUGGCACGGGUCUCUCUUGUGCGUCGUCAACACCGACUGGAUGAUGACAUGCGGAACUUAAAGGAGUGGCGGUGCAAGCAUUCGCGCAAAUGUUGGUGGUGCAAAGGCUAUCGCACUGCCACCGUGGUGGACAGUAGCGGGAAGGUGAACCCCGUGCAGUCCACUAGUCUAUGCAAGCCUCUUCCCUCGCAGUUCUACCAGCCAUUGCUUUUCGUCCUCAUAUGCAGUGACACCACUGACAAUGUUCCCGAGCAGCAGCAGCUUGUGCAGAUGGCAAAGGACAACAACGCGUACAUUGAGCUGCGCAAGCUUACUGAGGAUGAGACGGCUAGCUUCUUGGCCCACUGCCUGCACAUCAACCGCAAGUACUUGCCUGCCGAGUUCGUGCAUUAUGUGCAUCGUGUAUCAUCAGGGAUUCCCAAGUACAUUUUCCUAACAGCGAAGCAACUGGUGAAGGAUGGGCACGUUGUACUAAAGGAACGCAAAAGGAAGCCCCGCGGGGCCGACGAGCUCUUGAGAGAAAACACGCGCAACUUCGAGCUGCGCUACCGACGGCUGCUGCUGCAGCGCAUGGGCAAGGAGUACCAGGACAUCCAACAAGAAUACGACACCCCAAGGGAGAAGAGCAAUCUCGUGUCUCAAGGGGCUCUUCAGGAGGCUUUGCAGGACCCGCCGCCAUCCGAGGAUUCCAGCGAUGAAGACGAUACAGAGGUUCGCUUUGUGGAUGAUGAAGUCAUUGUGGCUGUCAUUGGGCUGCUUAAGACUCUGAAUAAGCAGCGAAUGGAUUUAGGCUUGGAACCGGACGAGGUCUUCAUCCCCCCUUCCUCUGCGGAUGCUGAUCAAGCGGACUGGAAGAACCAGGCUCAAUACGACGUGUUGUCGCCGUCGUGCAGGCCUCCAGAUGCAGCGGCACUGGAGCUCAUGCCUCCUCCAGCUUCUUCUCUGCUGAGUGCUGUAGCUUUCUCUGUGGAAGAAGACGCUGAUGGGGAGCCAGUGCGCUCACCAUUUUACUUAGCUGAGUGCUUCCGGCGGCGACUGUUGGACUGGAGCCCAAAGGAAUCGUCUAAGGCGAAUGAGCGGGACAGGUUCGACUCCCGGGAUUCAACAGCUACCAACGACGAGCCGCAGCUAGCUAGACGCUUUACUUCACGACGACGCGGACGGGCUAGCGGGUUUGGAGGGACCUCUGUGCACUGCCGCGUGGGAUUGCAGGAGCAGCUGGCGCAGGAGGACAGGCGAAGGAUCCGUCGGGGCAAGCUGACGGAUGCUGAGUUCGCUCUUCUUUGCUUUAGACCCUCAUGGAUGCCGCUGGACUUCGAGGACCUCGCGGCUUUGCGCAGAAGCCGCCGCAGACGGGUGGCGCAAGCGAAAAACUUGGAGUGGGACAGCGACGCAGACGAGCCCAUUGUGAAGCAGGGAGACACAGAAGACGGAGGAUGGGGAAUAAAGCGUUACAGUGAAGCACGGGUUGUCUCGGACUUGAACUCCUUACCUUUUGUUCCCCAACUCGUUGCAGAUUGCAUGUUCACAGUUGAGCGCCUUAUGCCGGAAGAGCAGAUGAUGGCGAAAGUGGCUUCGGUGUUUCCCAUAGCCUUCAGACCAUCUGAACUACGCAUGGCUUACCCAAGACGUAUGCUGUCUAAAGACUUCUACAACCUUGUCCACCAACUCAUAGUAAAGGAUGUGCUAGAGGUCUGUAACCCCGCUUCGCAAGAAGAGCAAAAAGCGCUCAGUCACUUCCUUGGAGCUCCUGCACCCAAAACGGCUGUGCAGAGCACGGCCACCAGAGUGACGGUUACUCCCCCAGAUGCAGCAGACGGAUCGGCCCAUGGCAAGUCUGCAACUUUGCUGGAUGUGCCAGGAGGCGGGGCUGGUGCGCAAACAGUACACAGCACAGCCUUAGAGCACACACCUUUUCCAGGGCUCGGCCCGGGGCAUGAGCGCCGCCCCAGCGUUAUGAAGGCAGGAGGCAUUGUGACGCCAGCGAAGGUUGCAGCUGCCGAUAGCGAGAAGGGUUCGCAAGACCAAGAUCAUUCAGCAGCCGACUCUUCGAAGAAGCAGUAUCAAAAUACUUUUGAGGCAGACCUAGCUGCAGGCCAAGCAGCAGGCGAAGCCUGGACAACGGUUCUUGCAACUCCAGAAGGAAAGGAGGUGCACAUCCGUUUUACAAGUAUAGCGCUGCAGAGAGUUGUCUCAGAUUUGCUGCUCUCGGACGAACGCAUGUGGCUUACCCUCGCUUGCAGUCGUGCGCUGGCCCGAAGAUUCGCUACCCCUACUGACUCAAAAAGAAGUGGAAAGGAGUCCAAGAACUCUGUCACAGGAGCCGCGGCGGGUAGUGGGGCUCCUUUGUACGAAGCGCCUGAGGCCGAUGUCGCCAUUCCCGCGUCCCUGCUGCAGGGUGUUCUGGAGGCGGAGAGAAAUCAGCAGAUGCGCACAGGUGGACAGACCUUGAAGCUGCCAGUUAUGAACCCAUCAGAGGCUCAGCGGGAGGGCGCAGAAUUAGCUGACAAUCCACCAGCAGCCUCCGUUGAAGCGGCAGAGAGCGCCGAACGCGCAGAUGACAGAGCGCCCGAGAGUAACUUACACGAGGAAUUGAAAGAGACAUCUGUUUAA